GAUAUUGCCGGAGCGAUCUCGGAUCUGUCUUGAUCCAAGUGUUCGUCUCGGAUCGUUCGCCUUCUUUCGUUCCAACCCUCGCUCGUUUCCUUUGUUCCCUUCAUUCUACUCCUUCCAUUCAUCGCAUUUCUCUCUCUCCCUCGAGCUUUCGAUCUCCUUUUCUUGCGAUCCAGACCGGACCCACUCUUUCUCUCUCUUCCCCCUCCCCCUUGUCUCUCUCUGUUUCUCCUCUUCCGCACUUUGCGCGUGCGUGUGUGUAGGUGCGUGAAUCGGCGGUUGAAUUGGUUCGUACGAGGAAACGUUCGUACGAGGAGUGGAGACUUGCAGUCCGCGUUGCUCGCGUCGCUGGCUCGUUCUUCCUCAGUGCGUGCCUUAUGCGGGCACCGUGAAGUACUUGUUUUAAAACGUCGUAAAGUGGUUACGUGGCACGCGUUCGUUGCGACGACAGGAAAAAAGAAAGAGAGAGAGAGAGAGAGAGAGAGAGAGAGAAAAGAUUAUAGAUAAAAAGAGUGAAAGAAAAGAUCAGAGGGGAAACUCGAAAGGAAGAGAAAAGAACGACGGAGGAGGAGAACUUGACGGACAAAGGAAAGGGAUAGGGGGUGAGGGAAACAAGUCGACAGAGAAAGAGAAUAAAUAAGUGUGCGAAAGAGUAAGGAGCAAAAGAAGGAAGGAAGGGACGAAAGGAGGAGACACGAGCGAUCGUUCUCUCGAAGCGAAUAGUCGAAGAGGGCGAGUAUCUCGCGCGCGCGUCUCGCGAAUGCUUAUUUCAAGUUUCGUGUCUUUAUCAUAGAUUAAUGAACAUAUCAAUAAACGAGAUAAAGAAAAAGCAUAAGAGAAAGGGACUGUUUUCGAUCACCACCGCCACGAAAAAUCUUCUUUGUAUAAUCCCUUGACUCCGUUUCCAAGACGACGUCAUCGUGGAUCCGGAGUGAAGUAAUUUGUAUAUUAUUUCGUUAUCGAUUUUCGUUACCGAUCAGCCCUCCUUGUCCUUCGAUUCGCGCCGCUGCGAUCAUAAAUCGGGACGAGGCGAGGAGCACAAUAAAAUUCGCGUCCGUCGACCGCGAAGUCCGACCGGUGUGAGUCACGCCUGCUCGACCCGGUUCUGUAUUGAGGUGAACGUGAACGCGCGCGCGAGCCAGAGCAAAACCGGAGGAAAAAGGAUUUUCAGUCACGGGGAUCAGUAAAUCGAUCGAUUGUUGGGUUAAUCUUCUCCGUUGGAGACAUCGCGCGACCGCACCUAUAUCGCAUUCGUUAUCGAACAUCACGACGUGAUUCACAUUCAUCGUCGGCGAUGUUCACGCGACGUUACACGUUACGAUAGCACGGUGCGAUAGUACGGCGAAAGGGAUUGUUGAAAGCGUAAAAUUGGCUGCGAGGUGCGUGUCGUUUGAAGUUGCCACACUCGCGAUGCGAGGAGUGAAGUCGUGCGUAAAUCGAAUCGCAAUAUUUUUAAACGAAAAUAGUCGACACAAUCGAACGCCGGCCGACGCGUGUAGACAAUACUCCGAAGAAUUUUAAGUUCUCCGAAAAGAAUUGAAGAGAUGGGAAUGAAAAAAAAAGAGAAGGGAAGAGCGGAGAAUAUUUGAGAGUGGAUUUUCUUUGUUACCUCCGAUAAAAAACGAAAUUCUAGGCUUUUCAGUGUUGUGUUUGGCAACAGGAAAAGCAGGAAGGGAGGAGAAGAAGUUCGACACGAGAAUGGAGGUGGGAAUUGUUCGUACACUAUUGUGUUGCUGCACUUUUUGUACGUUUCUCGUACAAGGUCGUGCGCGAGUGGAAUGACCGUGAUUUAAACCGUGAAUUAUCGCGCCCGUUCGCCACGUGCACGCGCACGCGCACGCGUGUUCGCACUUGCAUCCGGUCCACCGAAAGACCACCGAGGAAUCCGUUCGUCUUUUCUCCCUCGAUGAAUGUCGGAUACGGAUGCUGUCUAGUUCAUCCCGGUACGACGUACUCGCCACGCUGAUCUCUACGUUCCGAGUGUGAUCGUCUUCGGUGUCCCGUGAAUGACACGAAGGUGUAAAUCAUUAUAAGAUGGCAACCAAUGAGGACGGCGAUCUGAUCGAUCUUGGAAAUGAUGUAUGCGUGCCGCGAGUCACUGUGGACAAUGCGACACCCGAAGAACAGGAGCAUCUCCUGGACGUAUGUCCCCCGAAAUUGGAACAGAAACUUUCUCUCACUAAGCAACAAGAGCGAGUAUUGAACAGCACCGACAAAGGUGAUGUCUUGGUGACCUUGGGUCAUGAUCAAGUAAUACCGAUUUGUAAGAGGAUUGAUGUGGUCUCGUCAGACACAAUUAAGCGAGUUCGCGACAUCACUAAAAAUUUAGAGCCGGUGAUACGUAGAGAUCAUUUGGGCACCAACAAGGAGAUCCAGCAGGAUACAGUGGACCACGCGACGACGAUAUCAAGCGAAAAAACGCAAGAAGCCGCGACCGUGAGGCAUGAAGACGAAACGUACGAGACACGAGAGAUAAAUGACGCUUUCAAUUUCCUCGCCGAGCACGACGACAACGAGGACCAAGCGGAAACGAGCUGCGGUCACAUAAGGAAGGAGAACGUUGACCUAAAUCGCGCGAUAUCUCCCGUGCGUCUUUUGAUCGGGGGAAAAGAGGAUACGGCCAGUUACCCCUUCGAAUCGUCGUCCAGGACCUCGAACGAGGAAGUGAACGGUAAAAACGACACGGAGAAGACGAAAAGCGUCGUCACGCCGAGCGAAUACGAUGUCCAGCUGAACAAUUCGGUCUACGACUCUUCGAGUCCGAAGAAGUUUCGUGAAGGCAAUUCAGCCAAGGGCAGAUCGAUUUCUAUCCGUUCAGAAUCUCACGCGAGAGUUGUUCUCAAGAGACGCAGCCAGAAAAACGUCGCCUUCGAACGCGGAAGGCGUUCCUUUCGAGAAUCGAAUCGUAAAUCAUGGACGGAAGGGACGAGCCUAAACUCGGCUUUUACCGUACCGAUCGAACUUUCUCGUAUCGAUAAAUUCAACAGUCUUGAAGAAUAUCACUGCGCACCGUCGGUCUCCAACAUCGAUUGUGGAGCAUCCACUUUUCUUACGAGACAGUCAUCGGAAGCGGAAUCGGCGACCGACGUGACCGAGGACGUCUGCUCGGAAGGUUCCGAAGUGGAUUGGUCAUGGCUCGAGGAAGUAGAUUGCUUACGGGCCGUAGAGUCGUUUGCGGCUGCCGGAGAACGUGGCAAACAGGAGGGAUGGGUGAACGCUAUCCCCACCAAGAGUGGGAGUGCGGGGCGCAGGCGCGCUUGUGAACGUCACGAGACGGCGACGGACCGCAGUGCCGUGAUGUCCGUCACCGCGACGGCAAAGUCCCUAGCGAACGGUGGCGAACGGUGGCCAUCUUCUGGUGGCGCGCUUCUUCUCGAUCAAAACAGUAGUAACAAUCGUCAUAACGGCAGGCAACAUCGCCGGCAUUGUAACGGUAAUAACAAUAACAACAAUGACGAUGACGAGACCGCGGCCGCACGUUGUAACGCCACAAACGAGGCGGUCGAUCGCGAAAAUCGCGACAGUGCGACAACGAUAACCACUGCCGCUGCCGCCACCGCCGCCACAGCAACCGCCGCCGCCGUCGCUAUCGUCGGCUCGGCUGCCGCCACCGCGAAUUCGUGGAUGCGCGCGUCCAUGCGACGUCUGCGUCAUCUGCGACUACCCGAGGGCACGCAAUGCGAUAACGAGCCGGCCAAUCGGCAUCCCAUACCCGUCUCGGCGCCGAAUUCGCUGCCGGACAUCGCACUGAUCGCGCCGGAAAUCCUCGCCGCGCAGACCAACGGUAGCGACACUUCCGGUACACUGCUCCGACCUUCGAGUGCACCCGCAAGAAACGUGAUUACCGGCAUUGCCUCCGCCUCCGCCACUACCACCACCAUCACCACCACCACCACCACCGUCGCUGCGACACCGCGCCGAGCUGGCCGGCAAUUCGCCGGCGGUAGAUCGCGAGGGGUGCGAAGUCGCGAAGCGUCUUCGAGACAGGGCAGUUUUGGCUCCUCGACCACAGUCAGCGAUAUCACCGGCAAUACAACCUGUUCUAGCUCCUUCGGCUGUAUGUCCAGCAGUUCACCUUCCAGCACUACGGUCAGCCCACAACGUGUCACAAGAAGAACAUGCGAGAGACAGAGAGAUGCCGACACACAUAAUGACAGAGGCGAAGAUGACGACGAAGAUGAAAAUCCUCUAGGAAAAUGGCCUCACAACUUCAGUUCAAGUCUCGCGUGUCUCGGCUGCACUUUGGGACUUUUUAACAUCAGCAGAGUUUCCAUUCUUAGCAUGCAGUUUGGAGGAAAUUUCAUUUUACAAUUCGCAUUCUUGUCUCUCGUUUUGGGCAUUCCAUUAUUGACACUGCAAGUAUGUCUCGGACAAAGACUGGCGGCUGGUUCCGUGGAUAUGUGGAAAAUAUCACCGUUAUUUCAAGGUGUCGGAAUAGCUCUGCUUAUCGCGCAGGCUUUUAUCGGUAUCUACAGCAUAGUCGGUGUAUCAUGGAUGUUUGUGUAUUUCAGAGAUUCGUUCAUAACGAAGCAGGAUAGGUAUCGAUGGGCAGAGCCGUUUCUUCUCUAUCGAGAUGACAGCCGUCCCACACACAAUACUACCGUUUUAUACAAAUUAUAUGAGACUGUUCCGGAUUACUUCAGCGGUGCUGUAUUGCAAAGACAUCACUUGAACGAGGCCAAUCCUGGUGUCGUCACAUUAAAGUUCCAAGUGGCCUUCAAUUUAGCCGUUGUGUGGAUGAUUAUAUUUGUUUCAUUGAGUAAAGGACUGAGAUCUUAUGGAAAGGUCAUAUACGUUUUUACAUUAGUACCUGUAUUUGGCAUGCUAGUCCUUUGUGCGAAACUAGUAGGACUUGCUCCAAGCCCGAUACAAAUUUUCCCCGCCAUCAUCUGGAACGAAUUCUUUAUCAAUGAGAAGUCAUGGUUGGCUGCUUCAAAUGAAGUCUUCUUCACAUGGGGUUUACUCGGUGCGGCUGCUAUGCAGAUAGCGGCUCAUAAUAAGCACAAACGUCUGCAGCGAGAUACAAGUAUGGUGAUAUUUUUGACAUUUCUGAUUCUCUCUCUUAGUGUUUUCUUAGCGAAUACCUGUAUACAAAUCCUCAGGCAUCAAGGCUACAUCUAUACUACUAGUUCUUUCGAAAGAAUAUCAGGGUAUACAUUUAUGAGGGUUGCCAAUCAACCAGCACCGUCAGGAUACAGUAGCACGCCGGAGAGAUUCAUGUCUCACGCAUCGUUUCUUGUUGGUCAGCGCAUAAUACAACCUGGCACGGACACAAGUACCGAAUCCGGAUAUCAGGUGUUACGGUUAGCCACUGAAUUAGUACCUGCGACAUUCGCAUUGUUAGGUACCGAACAGGCGUCACCGUUCUGGGCAGUCCUGUUUUAUUUCAUUUUGAUCUUAUUUGGGAUUGCACAACAAUUGGCGAUCUGGCAUUGCGUAAUAACGGGUAUAAUGGCGAUUAAUACGAAAAUGAUGAAGCUCUGGGAAACUACUAUCACUUUUUUUAGCUGCGCUUGUGCCUAUAUACUUGGAUUACCUAUGGCUACAGAGUUAGGUAUUUACGUCGUGUAUUAUCUCGAUUAUAUCGUCGGUGGAUCAUGGUGGAUAAUUGUUUUGUAUAUAAUACAAAUUGGUGCUGUGUUCGCGGUCCGUGGACGUCCACACACUGGUGAGGCGGUCGUUGCGGAAUUAUUUCCACCGACCGAGCGAUGCCUCAGGUACUGGAUCGGUCCACUACUAUCCUUCACGUGGAACGUUGUUCUCCCUACUAUUUUGACGGUUCUCAGUAUUGUAAUAUUCAAGAACAGCGACUUUCGAGAACUGUACUCUUAUCGUCGCACAAGCAGAGAUUACUGGGCUGUAUGGGCAAGGCAACUCGGGGCGGCGAUUCAGUUGAUACCGAUACUUACGAUACCAGCAGUAGCAAUUAUACAAACAUGUCGAUAUUUAAAUAGUGGACCACCCGAUAUAUGUGACAGUGAACAGGUGGAAGUAACAGUAAAUCAUUGCGAACAAUGUAACGGCAGAAUUCAGUUGCUUUAUCGGCCACCGAUGGAGCCGGAGGAUCCUCGUGAUGCGCAGACCCAGAUCGGAAACGACACUAAUACCAGUUUGCAUGGGAACGGAAUCUUAGCCAGCGCGACCACGGAGAUACCUUUCGAGGAUCCACCACCGAAAUAUACUCCUCCACCGAGUUAUACUACGGCGACUGGUGCACGGAUUGCGAAGAUGUUGCGGCAGAGCUUUCGGCGAAGCGUGCGAAGGAUUGCGAACGUGCUGGGGGAGAGUAGCGCACCGCAACAGAGAUCAACGUUGCAGCCGCCACCGCCGGAUUAUGCAACUGUUCUCGUAGAGAUGAAUCUGAGUGGAACGCCAAUGUCACACGAUCAUAUCACGAUCCAGAUACCGUCAGAACCGCGGCCAGACGUAACGAACAUUGGUGGUAAUCGGCAUAGCGUGGAUGCGUCGAGCGAACGGCGUCAUCGGCCAAAUACUAUUGACCGUGCCACCAGGAUUGGCAUCGCGGGAAGAUCGCGCGCAAUUGAACGCACCCACUCGACGCUUGAUCGUGGCUGUCGUCCGCAUGCGAAUAUCACCGCGCAUACUUUGUCCGGCUCGAACCUGACGGCCGCCGAUGUAGCGAAUUUGUUGCGCAGCAGCAUACGCAGAGGUACCGCGAGAACGCAGCAAUCUCUACGUAGAAGCUUCUGCCACGAGGAACCAACGACGGCGGCAUCCGUCGAGAAUCUAGUCGAGGCCGCCGCGCCUAUUGGCGAGGAUUCCUUGAUCCUAUCGAAAGACACGUCUCUAGUCCCCGGCGAACAAAUCGAUGACAGUCAUCGCCGCGACGAUGACGAUCACAACAAUGACGAUGACGGUAAUGAAAAGAAGACUGCGAGCGAAAUGGAAAAUUCCGUUUCUGUGAUAUAAAUUGAUGCAUUGAUCGGUCGUUGCACGCAUGUGCGAAACCGAAAUUUCGGGUUUGCCGAUUCCGAUUAGCGAUUCGCUGCCUUUCUCCAGACUGUAAUUUCUAUCUGUAAUAUAGACGGAGAGAAAAAACUCUCUACGUUAACCAGAUUCGACGUUAAUUGAUGUCGAAGCGAUUGACUCAGUCUCCAACUAUUUGAACCUCCUCGAGAUUAGGAUUUUUUAUUCCUGUGCCUGAACGAUUGCCUGCCCCUAUUGCUACCCCGAAAUAUUGUUUGUGUUCUUUUAUCGUAUUUAUUUCUUAAUAUACAAUACAUAUAUAUGUAUAUUUUUUUCAUAGAGCGUUUAAAGAAAAGAAUGUUUUGCAUUUAAUGUAAUCUGAUGCACUUCUGAAUAUCUUGGAUUUCGGUCUUGCAUUUUUCUUAACAUCAAAGCCAAGUAUACGAUUUUUAAUCCCAUUUAAUCUUACAAUGGAUGCAAUAUUUUCUUGCUGGAUAAGAUUAUUCAGAAACAGAUUUAAUUGCGAUUCCAAAUAAGUCAUGUAAAUAUACAGGCCUUUGUCCUUCUUAAUAAUUAAGUAAAUGAAAAUUAUAUUGUUGUUGCUAAUAAAGUAGUACAAGAAUGAAGAAGUGUAUUGGUCUAAUUCUUACUAGAUUUUUCUGGAGAUUACGCGAUAAAGAAAUGACUGAAGCAGAGAAUUAGAAAACACAUAAAUCUUAGCUCUCCCGACUAGAAACUUAAACCUAAUUUUUUAAGUUCAAGAUAAUUUAAUAACAACUUAAACUUGAAGUUAGUUCGCAUGGAUCGCGUUUUCUGCAAAAAUUGCGCGAACAGCAUUUAUAUGUAAUAUACUUGUGUAUUCUCGUUCAUUGUGAUUAGUCAUCGUUCAUUUUGUAAAUAUAUGCAUGUAGCAUUUUAGCGAGCCAAAUUAUGUUAUAAUUUUAAAUCGACUCGCUAGAUAUGUCCAUUAGCCUCAUAAUGCAAGAGUGUAUAGUCCGUCCAAUUACCAUUUUCUUGUACUUUUUGAUUGAUUAUCAUGAAAAUUAAUUAUUGCGAUUGACUAGACUAGACUAGAUCAUAUAAAAUUAUCAUCUCGGUCAAAUGAAAACAAAGAAUGCCAUCGAGAGUGUUAUGUCAAAAGGGAGAAAAUAUAUGUUAUAUUGUUGCAAUUAUGAUCUUGCAUUUCGCUAGUAUAGGCAUUCAAAUAUUCAAUCCUCCGUAAGUGUAAUAUUAUGCUAUACCUGAUAUUAUGAACCACAAUAAAGUUUUUAUGUUCUUG